AAUUAAUAAAAGCCCGAAGAGCUCCAGAAGCGAAAAGGGAAGGAGGAAGUCUUCGAAUCGAAGAAGGGUCGGGGCAGUGCAGUGCAGGGAGCGACGAGAUCUGCCUGCCAGUCACCAAGCAGCCAUGGCGUCGCCCCGGAUCCUGCCGUCUUCCUCCCCUCUGAAGAAGCUCCCGACCUUCAGAGACGGGGGCGGGGGCGGGAGCGGGGAGCCUGCCACCAGCGCGGCGCCGAGUUCGUCUCCGCUGGACUCGUUCGCGUCGGACCCGGUGUUCUCGGCGUUCCUGUCCCCGGAGUUCGACUCGUCGCGGUUCUCGUCGCAGGCGCUGUCGUCCGGGUCGGCGGCGUCGCGCGCGGAGUCCCUGCACGAGGCCAUCCGGGUGCUGCAGCGGCACCUGCGGUCGGAGGUGCUGUCCCCCCGCCUGCUCCGCCUCUCCGCCCGCCUCCGCCUCCGCGACUCCGACGCCCGCCUCGACCUCGCCCGCGCCGCCGAGAUCCACCGCGAGAUCCGCCAGAUCUACGACGAGCGCGGCCUCGCCGGCAUCUCCGCCGUCGAGGACGAGAUGCGCUGGCUCGCCGACGCCGAGGCCGCCCUCCGCGCCGACGCCGCCGCCGCCGUCGAGCGCGGCAUGGACGCCUCCAACCAGAACGACGUCUGGGGCGGCCUCCAGGUCUUCUACAACCUCGGCGAGCUCCGCCCCGCCGUCGACGCCCUCGUCGCCAAGUACAGGGCCGCCGGGGCCAAGAGCGUCGCCGCCGCCCUCGACAUGAAGGCCAUCUCCGCCUCCUCCGGGUUCGGCGGGCCCGGCGGGGUGCAGCGGAGCGGCACGCCGCAGAUCGGAGCGGGGAAGAGGGCCGCGGAGGCGCUGUGGGAGCGGAUGAAGCAGUGCGCGGACGAGCUGCAUCGGGUCGUGACGGCGGUGUGGCAAUUGCAAACCGUGCUUACCAAGAAGAAGGUGCCCUUUACGCAGGUCUUGUUCCUCCAGGAAGUGUGGCAGGAGGGGGAGCCUCUAUUGACAGAGCGAGUAUGGGAAGCUCUUGUGAAAGCUUUUGCAAGCCAGAUGAAGUCCGCUUGCACUGCUUCAAGCUUCGUCAAGGAAAUAUUUACUAUUGGGUACCCAAGGCUGUUCUCGAUGGUAGAGAACCUGCUAGAAAGAAUUUCACGAGAUACUGAUGUGAAGGGUGUUCUUCCAGCUCUCAAUCAAGAAGGAAAAGAUCAAAUGAUGGCUGCCAUUGAGACUUUCCAGACGGCCUUUUUAGCUCUCUGCCUAAGCCGCCUCUCCGACUAUGUUAAUAGUAUAUUUCCAGUAUCCAGCCGUGGAAGCAUACCCUCGAAGGACCAGAUCUCGAGAAUCAUAUCACGCAUCCAAGAAGAGAUCGAAGUUGUUAGGACCCAUGGACACCUGUUACUUCUUGUUUUGCGUGAGAUUAAAAAGGUUUUGCUCCUGCUGGCUGAGAGAGCUGAAUACCAGAUAUCCACCGGCCCUGAAGCCCGCCAAGUAACAGGCCCGGCAACUGUGGCCCAACUCAAGAACUUCACUCUCUGCCAACACCUCCAAGAGCUCCACGCUCGCAUCUCGACCAUCGCCUCAAGCCUCCCCCCUGCUGCAUCCGACGCUCUCUCCCAACCACUCGCUGCCAUCUACAGCGUCGCCUGUGAACCUGUCACCUCCCUCUUCCAGUCCAUGCUCGACCGCCUCGAAUCAUGCAUCCUCCAAAUCCACGACUACGACUUUGAUGGGGCCCAUGACAACAACAAUAAUGCAUCCCCUUACAUGGAGGAGCUUCAGAAAUCCGCACUCCACUUCCGCUCCGAGUUCCUCUCAAAGCUGCUUCCUCCUCCUUCCUCAUCCUCUGUUGUUCGGUCUGAGUCCCUGUGCACUCAACUUGCCCGCAGAAUGGCUUCACGGGUUCUCAUAUUCUUCAUAAGGCACGCUGCCCUCAUACGGCCUCUUUCAGAAUCAGGCAAGUUGCGGAUGGCAAGGGACAUGGCUGAGCUCGAGCUUGCCGUGGGCCAGAACCUCUUCCCAGUGGAGCAGCUCGGUCCCCCCUACAGGGCCCUCCGUGCAUUCCGGCCCCUCAUCUUCUUGGAGACGUCUCAGAUCGGAGGAUCACCACUCCUUCAAGAUUUGCCGCCAAGUGUAAUACUCCACCACCUCUACUCUCGCGGGCCUGAUGAGUUGCAGUCCCCCUUGCAGAGGAACAAGCUCACACCACUUCAGUACUCAUUGUGGCUUGAUUCGCAAGGGGAGGAUCAGGUGUGGAAAGGAAUAAAGGCGACGCUAGAUGACUAUGAGAUGAAAGUUAGGGCUCGAGGAGAUAAGGAGUUCACUCCGGUAUAUCCUCUCAUGCUUCAGAUUGGAUCGUCGUUGGUCCAGACUACUGCUUCUCAGCACUGAUCCAGUUGCUUGUUUUAUAUGAUAAAUACCCGCCGUUUUUUCUUGUUAUUCUUUUUUUUUUUUUCUUUUUUUGGCCAUAAAAUUGACCAUGCGAGUUGAUUGUUUACAUGAAUGAGAUACUACAGAGAUGCCUUUUCACCUACACGAGCGCUUGCAGGGUCCCAUGGUUUUGUUUAUCAUGUAUGUUUCGUAUAGAUCAAAUUCUUCUGGAGAGUUCUUUAGCAGUAUAGUUCUCCAGAUUAUAUUGAAGGACGUGAUGCAUCAAACCUUUUUAGUUAUCCAUUGUACUAGAAGAACUUAGCAUUUUUAUCUUCAGCUUUAAGGGCAUGUAACAUCAUAAAUUCUUUUAUGUCUCUUAUUUUUUUCUGAAA